AUGGUUAAACAACGUCGAAGUAAACAAAAUGGGGGUAGUUUUAAGGGGAAAAAGUAUCAACGUUCAAAAAAACAAAAAACUAAGCAAAAAGGUGGGUUUUUAACCGAUUCCGUAAACUAUGGUUUCAGUGACCCCUAUAAUCAAACAGGUGGGCGAUAGGUGGUCAAAUACAUAAAAGAAUGUCUUGGGUUCAAAGGGUCGGAAAAAUACGCUAAAACUAUUAUCUUGCGUAGGCGGUAUUGUACAAGGAGAAUGGUCGAGACGACCAAUGGGAUUAAGUCCCGGUGCUACUUUUCGUAAUUAUCGUCAACGGGGUGCGGGAAAAAAACAACAAGGCGGAUUUUUACCCUUACUGUUGG